GGACGCUCAAGACUCAGACCGAAGUUCCAGCUGCCUGGAAGGACGUUGCCUGGGCGACCCGUAGUGUGCAGGUUCCAGAGGCGUGGCAUGAACUGAGAUGGAAGAUCUGUCCUCUCCCAAGUCAGCCCAUCUCCAGGAGGGACACCAGUCAGCCAGUUUUCAGGGAUCAGUGACCUUCAAGGAUGUAAUAGUGGACUUUACCCAGGAAGAAUGGAAACAGUUGGAUCCUGGACAGAGAGAUUUGUUUAGAGAUGUGACAUUAGAAAAUUAUACACACCUUGUCUCUAUAGGACUCCAAGUUUCCAAACCUGAUGUGAUUUCACAGUUAGAACAAGGAACAGAGCCUUGGAUUGAGGAGUCAAGCUUUCCAGUGAUUGCAUUUGGAGACUGGGAGAAAGGAUCAGGAAACAAUGUGUCAGUUCCACAGCUCAACACUGCUGAAGUAGAGACAUCUCCAGAGGCAAUAGCAGAAAAACCCAAAAGGGAUGAUCCUGGCUGUUCCAACUUCUUAGCUACUUGGGAAUCUGACAGCAAUCAAGAGAGGCAACAGAAAACCCCCCAGACACUGCCCAGGGAAGUCAAAACAACAGAAAUGACAGUGUCCACCUGUGAAAGAGGCCCUGAAAAUAACCCUGAAAACAGCAUCAGUAUGAGUUCAAACCUUGGGACACAGCAAGAAAAACCAGCAGAAAAUACCUCUACUAAAACCAGAGUCAAAAAGAAUCCAGUUAAAAAAGAGAAAACUUGUAAGUGCAAUGAAUGCGGGAAAGCUUUCAGUUACUGCUCAGCUCUUAUUCGCCAUCAGAGAACACACACUGGAGAAAAGCCCUACAAAUGCAACGAGUGUGAAAAAGCCUUCAGCCGGAGUGAAAACCUGAUAAACCACCAAAGAAUUCAUACUGGAGACAAACCAUAUAAAUGUGAUCAGUGUGGAAAAGGCUUCAUUGAAGGUCCAUCUCUUAUUCAACAUCAAAGAAUUCACACAGGAGAAAAACCCUAUAAAUGUGACGAAUGCGGGAAAGCCUUUAGUCAGAGAACCCACCUUGUUCAGCAUCAAAGAAUUCAUACUGGUGAGAAACCAUACACUUGUAAUGAGUGUGGAAAAGCCUUUAGCCAGCGAGGCCAUUUCAUGGAACACCAGAAAAUUCAUACAGGAGAAAAGCCUUUCAAAUGCGAAGAAUGUGAUAAAACAUUCACGAGGAGCACACACCUCACUCAACACCAAAAAAUUCAUACUGGAGAAAAGACCUAUAAAUGUAACGAAUGUGGGAAGGCCUUCAAUGGGCCCUCAACAUUCAUCCGUCAUCACAUGAUUCACACUGGUGAGAAACCAUAUGAAUGCAAUGAGUGUGGGAAAGCCUUCAGUCAGCACUCGAACCUCACUCAACAUCAGAAAACACACACUGGGGAGAAACCCUACGAUUGUGCUGAAUGUGGAAAAUCUUUUAGUUACUGGUCAUCCCUUGCCCAGCAUCUAAAAAUUCACACUGGAGAAAAGCCUUACAAAUGCAAUGAGUGUGGAAAGGCCUUCAGUUACUGCUCGUCCCUUACACAGCACCGGAGAAUUCACACCAGAGAAAAGCCUUUUGAGUGCAGUGAAUGUGGAAAGGCCUUCAGCUAUCUCUCCAACCUUAACCAGCACCAGAAAACUCAUUCCCAGGAGAAAGCCUAUGAAUGUAAGGAAUGUGGGAAAGCCUUUAUUCGGAGUUCGUCUCUGGCUAAGCAUGAAAGAAUUCACACCGGUGAGAAGCCCUACCAGUGCCAUGAAUGUGGGAAAACCUUCAGUUAUAGCUCAUCUCUUAUUCAACACAGGAAAAUACAUACCGGAGAAAGACCGUACAAGUGUAAUGAAUGCGGGAGAGCCUUCAAUCAGAACAUACACCUGACACAACAUAAGAGAAUCCACACAGGAGCAAAGCCGUAUGAAUGUGCCGAAUGUGGCAAAGCCUUUCGACACUGCUCAUCUCUGGCUCAACAUCAAAAAACUCACACAGAAGAAAAGCCCUUCCAGUGUAAUAAGUGUGAGAAGACUUUUAGUCAGAGCUCCCAUCUGACGCAGCAUCAGCGAAUUCACACUGGAGAGAAACCCUAUAAAUGUGAUGAGUGUGACAAAACAUUCAGCCGAAGUACUCAUCUGACUGAACAUCAGAACACUCACACGGGAGAGAAACCUUAUAACUGCACUGAGUGCAGGAAGACUUUCAGCCAGAGCACUUAUCUCAUUCAGCAUCAGCGAAUUCAUUCAGGAGAGAAGCCUUUUGGCUGUAGUGAUUGUGGAAAAGCUUUCAGAUACCGAUCUGCUCUCACUAAACACCAGAGGCUGCAUCCAGAGCUUUCUAAGAACAUCCUAAAUGGAGGGGAUACAUUACUCUAAUAUGUCUUUCUUAAGUACUGAAGAAUCAGAGUGGAGGAACUGCUUUCCAUUUUGAUAGUGUGGAACGGAAAGUACACUGGGCUGAACUAAUUCAAUUACACUGUUAAAUAAUUUUGUUCUAUUGGAAAACUCAAGAAUUAUGCUUCAAUUUCCUCUGUGAAAUGAGGGUUUAGUGAAGAUUAUUUUAAAGGUUUAGAGUUUUAUAUUCAGUUUUGUAUAUUCACAAUAUAUUCCAAAUAGGAUUAUUAUACACUGGCAUUUUGCUGUGUUGCAUCUAUAGUGUGCAUGCAUGUUUUGCCCAUAGGAAACAUCUAUGCUUCAGUAACUAGGUGGGAUGGGGGUUGUCUAUUAUGUUCCUGUUCUAAUACUGAAGUAAAGUACUUGGUUCCUAAUUUUAAAAAACAAACACACUCCAAAUUAAUGAUUCGCUAACAUAUGGCUUAACUGAGUACAAAUAUUAAAACCCUUUCUCUUC